AUGAGUGCUAUGCUAACGGAAGAGUAUAAGGACGAUGUCGUGAAAUCGACCGCUGGUUUCCCACCACGGAUCAAAGAGCAGCGGUUCGAUACCACGGUUCGAAACGAGGGUCCUUUCCCGCUGAGACAUACCGACUCUCUCCAUAGCAAUGUUAUUGUCGAUACCGAGUUUAAUGUACUGUCUAUUAUUGAUUGGGAACAUGCCGGUACGGUUCCCUGGGAGAGGCUUGAAUUCCCGAGGUUUCUGUAUAGGCUUCCUCCUGCCUUCGAUUUUCCGUGGAGAUAUGGUGCUGAUGGAAAGCCGUUGGCUGAUGACACAAGGAAAGUCUGGGGGGAACGAGAGGAGUAUAUGCGAAGCGUUGCAGAGUCUGAGAAGGAGAGGGGGUAUGACGAUGGGCUUUCUUCAAUCUUGGGGUCGAUAUAUUAUCAGAAUCUGUCGUCGUGUUACUCGCUGUAUGAAGAUGGGAAGCUUAGUAUUUAUUGUAGAGCAUUGGACGACUUUAUGCCGGAUAGAUCUGUUGGAAUGCCCAAAAAAGGCAGUGAGGACUGA